CUUCUCCCUUCGCUCCGCCUCUUCCCCCGCUUCGAAUCCUCCGCCCCUCGCGUAAACCCCCGCACACAGCAGCAGCGAACUCCCCUCGCCUUCUCCGCCCGCGCUCGCCCAUAUUGCCUCGCCCACUACGCCCUCUCGCUGCGCGCGCGAACUCCUCCUUCCUACUCACCCAGGCCCUGCCCCCUCCCGAUGCACUCCGGCGUGGCAGUCUCCGCCCCCGCAUCCGCCUCGGCGAUCGCCGGCGGAGGCGCCAGAUCCGAGGCGGCGGCGGCGAGCCGGCGGCCCGGCGGGAUCCGGCUCUGCGGGCUCCGUGGCGAGGCCCUCGCACGCGGCUCGCUGCGGAUCUCGCACGCCCCGGCGGCGGCGAGGCGCGUGGCCGCGCCGAGGGCGGCUGCUGCUGCCCCGCAGAAUGGCGCGGUGGCGGGCGGGGGGUUCGAUUACGACCUCGUCAUCAUCGGCGCUGGCGUCGGUGGCCACGGCGCCGCGCUCCACGCCGUCGAGGAGGGACUGAAAACCGCCAUCAUAGAGGGAGAUGUUGUGGGCGGGACUUGUGUCAACAGAGGUUGUGUUCCAUCGAAAGCACUUCUUGCUGUCAGUGGACGGAUGAGGGAGCUUCAUGAUGAACAUCACCUGAAGUCCAUGGGUCUACAGGUUUCUUCUCCUGGAUAUGACAGACAAGCUGUUGCUGAUCAUGCAAAUAAUCUUGCCUCUAAAAUCCGAAGCAACUUGACUAAUUCAAUGAAGGCUAUAGGAGUGGAUAUAUUGACUGGAUUUGGCACAAUUGUGGGGAAGCAAAAGGUACGAUAUGGAAAAGUUGGUUUCCCCGAUAAAGAAAUCACUGCGAAGAACAUUAUCAUUGCCACUGGAUCAGUCCCUUUUGUUCCCAAGGGCAUAGAAAUUGAUGGCAAGACUGUGUUUACUAGUGAUCAUGCACUAAAACUCGAGUCAGUUCCGGACUGGAUUGCUAUUGUUGGAAGUGGUUAUAUUGGACUUGAAUUCAGCGAUGUGUACACAGCUCUAGGAAGCGAGGUUACCUUUGUUGAAGCUCUUGACCAGCUGAUGCCUGGUUUUGAUCCUGAAAUUGCAAAAUUAGCACAGAGAGUCCUUAUCAACACUAGGAAAAUUGACUAUCACACUGGUGUUUUUGCAAGCAAGAUUACUCCAGCAAAGGAUGGAAAACCUGUGUUGAUUGAGCUCAUUGAUGCAAAAACAAAGGAACACAGAGAAACCCUUGAGGUGGAUGCAGCCCUUAUAGCCACUGGAAGGGCCCCAUUCACCAAUGGACUUGGCUUGGAAAAUAUUAAUGUCGUUACGCAACGUGGUUUUAUUCCUGUUGAUGAGCGGAUGCAAGUCACGGAUGCUGAUGGCAAUGUGGUACCUAAUUUAUUUUGCAUUGGAGAUGCCAAUGGUAAACUCAUGCUUGCGCAUGCUGCCAGUGCACAGGGCAUCUCGGUUAUCGAGCAAAUAUCUGGGAGGGACCACAUUCUAAAUCAUUUAAGCAUCCCAGCUGCUUGUUUCACUCAUCCAGAGAUUAGUAUGGUUGGCUUGACAGAGCCACAAGCGAGAGAAAAAGCAGAUAAAGAGGGAUUUGAGGUAAGUGUUGUUAAGACCAGCUUUAAGGCUAACACAAAAGCUUUGGCAGAAAAUGAAGGUGAUGGGAUUGCUAAGUUGAUCUACCGGCCUGACACGGGAGAGAUUCUUGGGGUUCACAUCUUGGGUUUGCACGCUGCUGACCUCAUCCACGAGGCUUCAAAUGCCAUGGCCCUAGGAACUCGUUUGCAAGACAUCAAGCUUGCUGUUCAUGCACAUCCAACAUUGUCCGAAGUGCUUGACGAACUCUUCAAAGCAGCCAAGGUUAAUUCGGGUGUUUCUCAUUCUGUAAAUGAACCAGUUGCAGCCUAAAGAAGGGCAGGAGCGCAAACCGAAACAUCCACCACAGCUGCUGUUGAAGGUCCUUAGUUUCAUCACGAGCGUGCUGUCUUCCAAGCAAUGAGAUCCGCAACCCUAGUCGAGUAGCUUUUGCAGCCAACCGGUGCCAGCUAGUAAUAUCGAGGGAAAAAGGUUCAUUGCAUCUCCUGGCUUCGUUUACAUAUGAAAUACUUGCAAAAUUUUGUAGCGUGCUUAGAUUUAAUUACGAGGGGCGGUGGUUUCGUUCUUGUUGCCUUUGUUUCUUUGUUAUUUCUCCUGUGUUGUAUACCCAGGCAGGGUUUCAAAUAAUCAGUGUUGUGGCUGCAGUGUACUGUAACAUUUGAAGAUUGGUCAAUUCAGCAUGAUAGAUGUUUAAAAAACUGAAGGCGAUAAAUAAGUUUGCACGUUGAA